UGCAUUCCGAGAUGCGUAGUCGCAAUAGAUUUGAUAAAAAAAUUAUUUUGCUAUUUUUACAAAUUUUCUCCAAUGGUGUUGCGCAGAAAUUCUCUACUCUGCUGGAUGGAAGAAUAGUCGGUGGCCAGCUGACAACCAUAGAUCAAGUACCGUAUUUGUUGAAUUUGCGUCGUAAUGGUGAAUUCAUCUGUGGUGGCUCGUUAAUAACCAAACGUUGUGUACUCACAGCGGCCCAUUGUGUCAAAGGUGUGCCAUCUUCGAGCUUGACAGUGCAUGCUGGCGCUAGUCGACUUUCUGAGCCGGGCGUGGCACGCCAAGUCGAACAGCAUUUCGUGUCGUCAUUCUACUCCACAGCGACAUUAGAUAUGGAUGUGGCAAUCUUAAAAUUAACCGAUACGUUAAGUGGACCAAGUAUUGCUACAAUUGGACUAUGCAGUACAACUCCUGGAAAUAAUGAGUUUGUAAAAAUUUCUGGUUGGGGUAUAACAGACGAAUAUAACAAUGAACCAUCCGAUCAGGUGCGCACGACGCUUGUGAGCGUCGUGGCUAAAAGUGAUUGCAUGCAGGCUUAUUUGGGUAAAGCAUUGUUAACGAGCACAAUGUUUUGUGCGACUAUACCAGGUGAAAGAGAUUCUUGCUCUGGCGAUUCUGGUGGACCGGUGGUAUACGACGGACGCGUUUGCGGUAUAGUUUCGUGGGGCUUCGGAUGUGCACGCAAGGAGUAUCCAGGAGUCUAUACCAAUGUGGCUAGUCGACGGGUAAACGCUUUCGUAAAACAAACCCUAAUGCAAAACUGCCACUAAUUAAAAAUAUUAUACACCCAUAUAUAAAUAUGAUGGUGUAUAAAUAUGUGUUAGAGAAUAAGAGAAUACUUAAUACAUACUUAGAGAGGUUAAGAAAAUGUUUUCACAUACUAAAAUAUUAAGUUAUUUUAACUUUUUGAAUUGAAACUAUCGCUUCUUAAUGAAUUUUGAGAGCCUUUCAAAAUUACUUCAUUAGCUUACAUAAAUAGUUACCAGUACUUCGUAACGGUAAACUUUUUGAAUUCAUCUAUGCAAGCAAAAACAAAAAUACAAAAAACAAAUGCUUCUCUCAGCUUUCAAGAAUGUGUUUUUACAUAUAUUUUUGAUUUGAUAUACCGUUAUUUGACUGAGUUGUUACACACGUGUUAAUCAAAAAUCUGUU